AGUGGUUUCAACGAUUUUUCAUUUUGGAUAAAGAUGUCUUCAAGAGUCGCAAUGGAGGAAAAAAGUACUGGGAAUACUUCUAUAGAGAAUACAGAUAGCAAUACUAGUCCAGCGAAGAAGACGUCAAAAACAAAGUCUCUGAAAUCACAACGAUCAAAAGUUUGGCAUCCACCAACUUCAGAAAUGGUAAAGGCCGCCAUUAGGGAGUUGAAGGAUCGUAAGGGAUCGUCUCUUCAAGCUAUCAAAAAGUAUAUCGCAUCAACGUACAAAGUUGACGGAGAAAAGUUUGCACCUUACAUCAAGAAAUAUUUGAAGACUGCUGUUACUUCUGGCGCUGUUAUUCAGACGAAAGGUAAAGGUGCUUCUGGAUCGUUCAAGUUGUCUGUAAGCAAGGGCUCAGAAUCUAAGACGACAGUUGAAAAACAUGUGAAAGCAGCCGAACAGAAAAAGAAAGUAAAGAAAUCUGUAGAGAAGAAGACAACGCCGAUACGAAAACAACCCGUCGCGGUCGUAGCGUCAAAGAAAGCGAACCCCGUAAAGAAGACUGAAACCGCCAAGAAAUCGGCAGCAACUGCCAAGAAGGCUGUUGUUAAAGCUGAAAAGGUUGAGAAAACCGAAAAAGUGAAACCUGUAGCUGAGAGUAAGACCAAGUCUAAGAGUAAGAAGACGACUAAGGCACCCGCAGCAAAGACGAAAACGCCAAGGCCAAAGAAAGCUGUUACUUCCAAAGCAGUUAAAUCUGCAGCCAAGAAAUAAUUAAAACAUUUUCGUAAAUACACUUAUUAAACCAAAUGGCCCUUUUCAGGGCCACAGAUUUUUUUAUGCGAGGAACAAUUUUGAUAAUUCUGACAAUAUCAAUUCUUAUUUUUGUAAGAUACCAGCAGUAAUCAAACAUAACCUAAAUUAUACAUAUUUAUACAAAUGUAUGUAUAUGUAUAUUAAACUGUAAGUAUUUAAGAAAAAUUUAAUUCUAUCCAAUAAUUUGAAGCGAUAACAUACACAUAUACACGUACACAGGGAAAACUGUUUAUAUUAUUUAACCGUGAAAUGUAUGUACAUAUGCAUGUAUUCGUGGGCUCAACACGUGGAUCCCGGGGAACUUGAAUCAUAAGUACUGUAUUAGCAGGAUAUUUGAAAAUGACCGAAUGUAAAGAUAUAAAAACGAGGUACUUUCACGUGUUAGACAUUUGUAGCCCUGAAAAGGGCCGGUCAAUAGAAUGAUAUAGCAGUCAAUAGAAUAGCGUUCGUUCACUUUGAGCUGGUGUAUUUCGUAACAGCUUUGGUUCCUUCACUCACAGCGUGUUUCGCCAACUCGCCAGGAAGUAGCAAACGUACAGCAGUUUGAAUUUCUCGAGAUGUAAUCGUCGAUCGUUUGUUAUAAUGAGCCAGACGAGAUGCUUCAGCCGCAAUACGUUCAAAUACAUCAUUCACAAAACUA